AUGACCGCAGCCCAGAAAAGUGGAUCUUUGCAGGUAGCUGGUAGAGGCUCUUUGCAGAGUGCAGUUGGUCACGAUGCCAACCUCACAAAUCGGAGCAAGAGCCGGAGACAAAACAACAAUGUCGAAAUCAUCUCAGAGUAUGUACUCGAGGCUGACUUUGAUCAGAACGAUUUUUCGGGACUGAAGGCAGAGCAAAAGGUCUUCGAGAAAAGUGGCCUUAAGAAGCAACCUCAUCGACGAAGGAGUCGCACUGACAGCAAAAUCGCAUUUCUUCAACGUGGACGCCGCGGUAGACGUGGAAAAAGCUCUAGUCCUCAACAUAGAUACUCACCCCACCAGAGCUUCAGUUUUGCGGCUCCAAGUGAAUUCCCUGAGCCUGCCGAUGGUGAAUAUCCUGCAGCUUCCCACCCCGAGAACCAACAGCUGCUUCCCAACGCCCAAGCCAAUCCCAUAGCCCAGCCAAACACCCAACUCCAACCUGCCCCUCAGCUUCAAACCACUCCAACGCCCUCCCCACACUUGCCAGUCGCCCUCUGCCACUACUCCAACGCCCGCAUCAAUGACCUUUCAGGCUCCCCAUACGACCUACCAACAUCGUGUCCCCCGUGCCAGCGUGCUCGAGUCUACCGACCUUCCGAAGAGAAGCCUCCGCCCACACCUAAAACCAAGCGGUCGAUUCCGCCAUCUGCCGCCAGAUCAACGACCGGCGGCCCGAGCAGCCUCGAUAUCAAUCAUCGGGAUCAAUCCCAGACUGUCGACGGGGUCAGCGCUUACAGCCACGGGCAAGGAGCCGAAGCAGCGUGGUGGGGCAGGGCAGGAAAAGGCGCUGGACGUCGGCUGAGAAGAAGUCGGCAAAGGUAG